GAGUUUGCGCAAAUGCGUGAUGGUGAAAAUUGUCAAAGAGAAGUGAUAAGAAUUUUUGCAGAAUUUCCACGAAAAUAGCUCCCCAAUCUCUGGCAGGAUGCUGAAAUCUGAGAUGCAGCACCAGUACUGGGUGACGAAGAAGACAGUACAGCGGAAAUUGGGCGGCAAGGAGGACGAGUGCGUGGUGUCGAGUGACCAGGAGUUGGACACAAAGAUCGACCUGUUCAAGAGCAUUGCCGACAGUUGCACCCAUCUGUACAGAGUGAUUGAUCUCUAUCAGGAGCGGAUGUGCAUUCUGGCGCAGGAGGAGAACGCCCUGGGGAAGUUCCUGAAGGAGAAUGGCAAACUGAGUGUUACGUCCAGCAAGGUGAUGAUCAGCGCGGGAAAGUCCAUCUCGUACUGCGGGCAGCAGAGAAUGGCCAUCCGGUCGCCACUUGUGCGACUCCACCACGAAGUGGAGACGUUCCGGGAGCGCGCGAUUGCCGAUACACACGUGACAAUAGCGGUGAUGGAGAAGGAGAGGACGGAAUACCGGGCGGCGCUGAGUUGGAUGAAAUCUGCCAGCGCCCAGUUGGAUCCGGACAGUGGGAAGGGCCUGGAGAAGUUCAGGCGGGCGCAGAGUCACGUGAGGAUCUCAAAGCAGAAGUUCGACAGGCUGACGCUGGAUUGUCUGCAGAAGAUCGAUUUGCUGGCCGCGGCGAGAUGCAAUAUGUUCUCGCACGCCCUUGUCGCUUAUCAAUCCAGCCUGAUUCAAUUCGCCACAAAGACGACGGAGACUUUCAGAGCUGCCUCGAAGAUUCUGGACAGCGAGCCGCACUACACUUUUAGCAUACUGAAAGAACUCACCCAGGAGGCCAAGGAGCAGCCCAAGGAGGCUCUUGACGAAGAGGAGAAACUUCCCGAUAAGGAUCGGAUGCUCUUCUUCCAGGAGGACUACAAGGAUGAGAAGAUAAUUGCCGAAACGGAGACUCCUGCGGCUCCUCUGGGAGAGAAUUCCCAACUCCUGAUCGACGGACUCGGUGGCGAUCCGGAGAAAACGGACGAUCUUCUGGGUCUCUCGAUGGACUUUGGUGACUUUAUGUCCAGCACAGCGCCUUCUUUCAUGCCGUCUCAACUCUUAGACAAUCUCACUACGCUCAAUCUCGUCGAUGCACCAACGCCAGAGGCCACGGACGAUGCCGCGGGCCCCACGAAGACCUCAGCGAUCCUUGAGCUCUUCAAUCGCGCCCCCGCGAAGCCCUCAACAGGCCCACAACAGGACGCCGCGAUGCCUUCCGCAGCCAAGCGCGACACGAAGCCCGGGAAGAGUGCCUGGUUCGAUCUGUUCUCCGAAUUGGACCCCUUCGCCAAUCCCGACACCAUGUCCAAGCAGAUCGACGGCGGAUCCAACAGCCACGCCGCUUAAUUCGCCCCCCACAAAUGUAUUCCCCAAAACAUUCCCGACUUGAGGCAUAUUACAAUAAAAAUAAAGAUUUCCACAUG